UCUUGUGCUUGCUGGAUAUGAUUGUAAAUUCAUUUGCUCAUAUGAUAUCAACUAAGCCUGUUGAUCGAUAUACAAGACCAGAAUUUACAGAGAAUGGGCCGUUGGCAAUUGAUUCUAAACAGGCUAUUAAUCAUAUUAAGAGGAAGUAUGAGUUGGAGAAUAUGGAAAUUGUGAACAAGGAAAAAGAAAAGGCUGACAAAGCCAUUGCAGAAAUUGAGGCAAAGUGUGGCCAAAAAAUUGAAGAAUGCAAAGAAGAACAAAGGCAGCAGUUGAUGCGCAUUGAAGAUGAACACACGUUGCUCGUAAGCAUAGAAAAAGUCUUGAAUUUGAAAUUAUUGGCUGCUUAGAAAUAUUCUAUCAUUGCAUUCUAUUACAUGGGAUCAUAAGUGUUCUGAUUUGUCUUUAGUUAUAUUUUUAAUUACUUAAUGUUCUAAUUAAUUGAAAAAACCAUUUUUUUAAAUAAAGUUACUUUCUGAUUAGUAUUUGUUAGAGAUGCAAUAUAAAGUCAUUCAUGUAUCGUUACCUAGCAGCUUGAGCUUUUUGGAUAGUUUGUUAAUGACAUGGUACGAAAUUCUCUAUGACU